AUGUCUAGCGUGCAAGACUCUCAUGUUCGUCAUUCCGACAGCUCUGGUCGCCCCAAUAAACGUCGCAAAGUGGCAAUUGCGUGCGACGAAUGCCGUGCUCGGAAGGUCCGCUGUGACGGGAGACAACCCGUCUGUGGGCCAUGCGCAAAGCGAGUGGACCAGGGAAGCCAAUGUGUUUACACUGGGGGAUUGGAGAAAAAGCGAGCAGUUCGCAAUUACAUCGAAAGUCUGGAAAGCCGGAUCAAACAUCUAGAGAGUCCUCGUUCCUUUUAUGACAGUGGAGAAGGACGGCCUGUGCAAUCUUAUGAUAGCUCGGGCCAGUUGCAGCAUCAUGCCUCGCCCUCUAUGGGAGUGCCCACUCGCCAUAAUCGACCUGGGAGCAUUGUCUCUACAGCGACUACGAAUGCAGACCAUCUUUCUCCGGCGCGAAGCACCCCACAAUGUACACCCAAAGUAAAUCCCCAUCUUGUCACCAGGCACACUACUACCUAUCAGUCACCAGCCUCGCUGGAUCAGUCGCUUCGACUGAAAGACCCAACGGACAGUGUCAACGCCAUGAUGGGUGCCGUGGAGGAUGAACGUCCCACACAGGGCUUUUUUGGCAGCUCUAGUGCUGCCAGCUUUAUCCGUCAAAUCAAAACUGCCAUAGAUAAGAAAGUUUCGUCGCCGAACCGCCACACUUCGGAUUCGAUUCUUGGGGUUGGUCCGCCUCCCAGUUUGAUGUCCACGAAGAAGCCACGGUUAUCCACAGUCCCCAACUAUGUCCUCCCUCCACGAAAGACGGCAGAUAGCCUCAUGGGGGUUUACUGGGAGUUUGUUUUCCCACUAUAUCCACUCGUUGACAGCCUUCAGUUGAGAAGAGAAUAUGAGAUGAUUUGGACAGGGGAGGCUCUUCAAUCUGAUGAAAACAUGCUUAUGUGUACCGUCAAUGUCAUUUUUGCACUGGCCUGUCAACUGGCUGACUUUAUCCCACCAGAGGAGCGGGAGGCUUCUGCAGAUGCAUUCUUUACUCGUGCAAAGGAUCUUCUUCAAUUCAACCUCUGGAAUACAGGCUCCGCUGCUCUAAUUCAAUGUCUGCUUCUAAUGGCUCAGUAUUUGCAAAGCACCGACUCCGCCCAUCAGUGCUGGAUUGUCACCGGGCUGGCUAUCCGCAAUGCCCAAGGCCUUGGCUUGCAUCUUCCCCAAACAAUCGCUCGUCUUCACAAUCCACAGGAACAGCAGCUGGCUCGCAAAAUAUGGCACGGAUGUGUUCUGAUGGAUCGAGUCAUAUCCAUGACAUUUGGGCGCCCUGCCAUGAUCUCUAAGGCGUCGUGCGGGUCGGUUCCUCUACCAGCUACGGUGGACGAGGAGUAUAUCCCUGCAGUGUCUGGGUCCGAGGUGACACAGCCAGCAGACCGACCAUCAGUCAUGGCAUUCUAUGCAAAGUCUCUUGAACUUUAUGAAAUCCUGAAUGAUAUCCUCUUGAGUCUGUACAGUCCGACAACCGAUGAAAGUCCAGAAGACAUCUAUGACUAUUACUUCAAUAAAGAAGCCAAUCAAGGAGAGCGGACCAUAUUCGAACUCGACCGGGCACUUACGAAAUGGUCCCGAAGCCUACCAUCACACUUGCGAGGUGAAUCACAUCUAGGGGGCGGAUAUACAGUCUUCUACCACCAAAGUGUUGUAUUGCGUGCAAGAUUCCUUCACGUAAGGAUGCUUCUCUUCAGACCUAUCCUGUCCAGAUACUGUACUUCACGUGAAAUCGGGAUUGCGGAUCCAAUGAUUUCCCUGCAAGACUCUUUUCCUCAGCGAGUUGCAUUGCAAUGCUCGACCAUUUGCGUCAAGGUUGCUCAAGAGGUUAUCGGGCUAAUACACAGUAAUCUGCCCGCCGAUGGAAGUUCAGGCCCUCUUCCUGCCUGGUGGUACAACAUCCUGUACGUUUACACCGCUGCCACCGUUCUCAUAGCCGGUCGUCUCUGCCCUGCUAUAUUAGAAGAGGUGACUGAAGCUGCAAUCACGCAGUCGUGGGAAAACGCUUUGGAGGUAUUGCAAAGAUAUCAUAGCCACAGCACGUCCGCUCGGCGAUGUGUUGCAGCUCUCGAAAUUCUCUACGAACGGGUAGUAUCCGAAGGGCCUCCACUCCAUGACCACCAAACGAGCGCUUUCCCCACGAACCCUGCGUCUAAUGGUCUCGGCGAUCUUUCUUUAGGGGAGGGUAUCAAUUCAAUACUGUUGGAUAGCCUUGACUUCCCAGACUUUCAAGAUAUGUCAUGGUUGAACAGUGUUCCCAGCAACCUCUUCUGA